CUCGGACAAAUGCAUACAAAUGCAUUUAGGAGCCCAACGGACAAGGAGUGGAAACAUUUCUCCCACAGAAAAAACUUUGUGCAUGAUUCCAGAACUUUGGCACAUCCAAGAAUUAGGCUAAUCAGUGAUGCGCAGCAAGAAGAACAUCCAGAUGACAAUUUACCUCAAGUAUACAAUGGUUGUACCCUACACAUUCCACAUGAGAACUGUCCUCCUCAUCUUUUCAAUAUGCACAGUAGUACUGUUUGCAAAAGAAAGCUCUCAAGUACAAGGUGUCGAUCUCCUUUAUCAGCUGGGCCUUGUAGGCAGCAAAGAGAGACACACUUUGGGGGUGACUUCUGUCCCAUCAUCCGCUCCAUCUCCACCUCCUCAAGGCAUCUUUCUCCCAGGAGCCGGAGUGGUUCUGAGGAGCGGCGUGCACAUUGAAAGCCCCAUCUCGGGGCUCCUCCCCACUGGGACUGGAGAUGAGUUCUCCAUUGUUGUGUGUUUAAGCUCCUGGCGAGUGAACAAUGCUUUCCUUGUGAGCAUCACGAACAGCAAGAACAGGCUGCAGUUUGGCAUUCAGCUCCUACCGAAGAAGGUGGUGGUUUACAUCGCGGAGAAGACAUCCGUCUACUUUAGGUACAACGUGCAUAAUGGGCGCUGGCACUCAUUUGCUAUUGGGGUCCGGCCGCGCUCCGUGUCCUUUCAUGCUGAGUGCGGAGGAGUGUAUUACAGUGAAGAGACACUUACUAGGCCUCAGAAGCUGGAUCCUGAUGGCCUGCUCACAUUAGGAAGGAUGAACUUCAGAGCAGUCCAGUUUGAAGCUUUGCCAAAUCAUAGAAAUAUUUCUGAAUCAGGAACAGCCUCCAUCCCCUCUACUGAGAGCUAUGAAGUACAAAACCAGUAUGUGGAAUCUAGAGCCUCUUUUCGUCCUGUUGCGAGGACUGAACUACCACUCUGGCCUUCGAACAUGACUGUAGACAGCUCAUCAGAAGGGUCUGCGAGUGUACAGGCUACACUGGACGUGUCUCCAAGCAGUACACCCUCUUUAGUAGGUGCUGAUGAAGCUGAAAUCAGGCUGCCUGAGCCUGACCAUGAAGUCACGUCACUACCCAAGAUCCCCGAUGCUACAGACAUUACCCCUGGCACAGCAGACAUUGUAAGACCAGAGCCCAGAAACAACAGCGGACCGUGGCAACCAACCAACGAACUGAUCAAAGUACAGCCAAAAAUCAGUAGCACUCUGUACAGGGAUUUCCUUGGGAACGAAAACCAAGUAGACGACUCCGACGAUCACAGCCUUGAAAUGGAGUAUGAUGUGGACAUGGGAAAUUAUGACUAUGGUUACGAAGAAGCGGAGUAUUCCCUCAAUUACGAUGGUCUCCAAGGAUCGAAAGGAGACCCAGGCCCUCCGGGUCCUCCAGGUCCUCCUGGCUUGCCUGGUCCUUUCGGAAGACGAGGACCUAGAGGCCCACCUGGGCUACCAGGAAACCCUGGACUUCCCGGUCUUCCUGGACCAAAGGGUUCCAAGGGUGAUCCGGGAAUAUCUCCAGGUCAGGCUCCCUCUGGAGAGAAGGGUGAUAAAGGUCCUCCAGGUUUGCCAGGCUCACCGGGUUUCCCAGGUCCAACCGGUCCAAAGGGAUAUCCUGGGCCACCAGGUCUGCCAGGUGUACAGGGUCCAUCAGGACCAUCGGGUAUGGCUGGGGAAGCAGGUUACCCUGGCAGGCAGGGUUCCGCUGGGCCAGAAGGUAACCCAGGUCCAAAAGGUGUUCGAGGUUUUAUUGGACCUCCUGGUGUUGCAGGACCACCAGGGCUGGAGGGAGAAAGAGGAAUCCCUGGCCCCACUGGGAAAAAUGGCCGAAAAGGAAGACAGGGUAUUGUCGGAGAUGCUGGUGAGAGAGGACCUCCUGGCCCAGAUGGAAAUGAAGGUCCUGUUGGCAGCACCGGAAUUGGAGGCUUUCCUGGACUGCGGGGUGAUGCAGGGCCCGAAGGAUCCCGUGGCCUAACAGGCAUAGUGGGACCUCAGGGCCUUACCGGAAGAGCUGGGCCACCAGGAUUGAAAGGUGAUAAGGGUGAUCCUGGAUUAAUGGGUGAGCCAGGAGAAUAUGGUUACCCAGGUGACAAGGGUGCGGUGGGAUUACCAGGACCUCCAGGCAUUCGAGGAAAACCUGGACCACCCGGUUUUCCUGGAGAUAUUGGUGUUCCAGGUCCCAAUGGUCCACCUGGAGUGAAGGGUCUUCUAGGUUCAAGAGGACCACCAGGGCCGCCUGGGCCCAAAGGACUUGAGGGUGAUGAAGGUCCCAUUGGCCCACCAGGCAGUCCUGGCCCUACAGGAAGACCAGGUCGGAAGGGCUAUGUAGGAGAGCCUGGGCUUGGAGGUCUGAGGGGAGAAACUGGGGAUCCAGGGAACCCGGGGAAAAAUGGACCACAAGGACCACUGGGCUUAAUUGGACCUGCAGGUGCAAUUGGAGUUCAAGGUGAAAAGGGCGACCGAGGUCCCACAGGUCCUUUGGGUCCUCCUGGGGAAAAGGGCUCCAUGGGAUACCCAGGAUUGCCAGGAAGCCCUGGUGAUGUGGGUCCGCAAGGUCCUCCUGGACCACAAGGUCAGAGAGGCGCAGCAGGAAUUCCAGGACCUAAGGGCAGAAGAGGGCCAAGAGGUCCAGACGGUCUUCCAGGAGAACCUGGGCCACAAGGUACAAAGGGAGAACGUGGAGUAAUGGGAAAGAAAGGAGAACCUGGAUUUAUUGGAAAGGCUGGCUUUCCAGGGGAAAGAGGUCUGCCUGGGAUUCCAGGGAAACCAGGAAUUCCUGGAAGUGCAGGAGAGAGGGGAGCAUAUGGAGAACCAGGACCCAGAGGACUCCCUGGGGAUCCAGGCCCAGAGGGUGAAACAGGCCCUGAGGGACCUCCUGGGCCAGAGGGGGAGCAGGGCCCAGUGGGGGAGCCUGGGUUCAAGGGAGAAAUAGGACCUGCUGGAAAUGAAGGAGAAAAAGGACAACAAGGAAUAAGAGGUCCGCCUGGACCAGUGGGUGAAGAUGGUGCUCAAGGAAAGGAUGGACCUAAGGGGAAAUCAGGAGACCGUGGGCCUAUGGGAGAACAAGGGGACAAAGGGGAUAUGGGAGACCCAGGGCUUCCUGGAAUUCCUGGGGAACCUGGAAAACGUGGCUUCCCAGGUCCAGAAGGAAAACAAGGACCUCCAGGUAACCGUGGCCGUCAUGGGAAGAAGGGUGACAAAGGGCUGACAGGAUAUGCUGGUGAGAUCGGAGCUCGCGGUGAUGCAGGACACCCUGGUGAAAAGGGACCAAAAGGUACAAGAGGAACCAGAGGACCUCUUGGCCAAUUAGGUGUGAUGGGUCCUGAGGGGCAGCCAGGUAUCAUGGGAUAUACGGGUCACAUAGGCAAUCCAGGGUCCAUGGGACCACCUGGCCCCAAAGGUGAAAAGGGUUACCCAGGAGAAGAUAACAAAACACCUGGACCACCCGGGCCCUUAGGUGAACCAGGUCCUGCUGGUGAACAAGGAGAGCGGGGAGAGCCGGGGGAUGGGGGCUAUCAGGGUCAUAUUGGCAUCGCUGGCCCUAGAGGUCUUAUUGGACAGCAAGGACCACCGGGAAAUCCUGGGGAACCUGGUGAGCAAGGACCCAAAGGAGAGAAGGGAAAUCAGGGGCUAAGAGGAAAGAAGGGAGCCAAAGGUCCUGCAGGCAGUGUGGGUGAAGAAGGAGCCUUGGGCCUACCUGGACCAAGAGGCAUAGCGGGUUACCCAGGACCUGAUGGUCCUCCUGGGCUUCCCGGGUUACCAGGGCUGCCUGGAAAAAGUGGAGAUGUGGGUCAGCACGGCACUGUUGGUAUUGAGGGGAAGGCAGGCCUUCCUGGACCCCGAGGUGAACCCGGACUUCCUGGCGUGACUGGAGAAAGGGGGCCCCCAGGUCAAAAGGGUGAACCUGGGCUGCCAGGGGAAAGAGGACCUCCAGGAAACAAGGGCUUAGAGGGCGUGCAGGCAGACCAGGGCAGGAAAGGAGAUGUUGGGAGUAAAGGACAGCCAGGAGAAUCAGGGGACCUAGGUUUCCGUGGUUUACAAGGAUUUCCAGGCCCAAAGGGUCCAGAUGGGGAUAUAGGUUUUACUGGUACACCUGGUCCUAGAGGUCCUGCUGGUAUUGUGGGAAGCACCGGACCCGCUGGUCCAGUUGGCAUGAUUGGGCCAGUGGGAAAGCCUGGACCCAGAGGCAGAAAAGGAAGCCAUGGAGAAAUGGGACCGCAGGGACCUCGGGGGAGUCCAGGACCUCCAGGUCCUCCCGGAGCUUCAGGUCCUGUGAAACAAAUGGAUCUUAAUACAGCUAUUCAAGCCUUGAUUGAGUCCAACUCUGCAUUGCAUAUGGAGAGUUACCAGAACACGGAGGUGACAUUGACGGAUCUCAGCACCGAAGUCCUUAAAACUCUGCGCUACCUGAGUGGUCUGAUCGAAAGCAUGAAGAAACCUCUGGGAACCCGCAACAACCCUGCCCGAUUCUGCAGGGAUCUGCUCGACUGCCAGCAACCCUUGUCAGAUGGAUGGUUCUGGAUCGAUCCCAACCUCGGAUGUCCGUCGGAUGCCAUCGAGGUCUUCUGUAAUUUUACUGCUGGUGGACAAACAUGUGUCCACCCGGUAGCCGCCAACAAGAUGGAGUUUGGCAUCGGGAAAGUUCAGAUGAAGUUUCUUCACUUGCUGAGCACGGAGGCGACGCAAAGCGUCACAGUCCACUCUCCGAGUGCUCCGGGGCCGAGCGCCACACGUGCGGGAAGCCAGCCGUCCGAUCUGCGCUUUAAGGGGUGGAACGGACAGACUUUUGACGCAAACACAUUACUUGAAACACGUGUGCUACUAGACAACUGCGAGACCGAAGACGGCCACUGGCACCAGUCACGCUUCUUGUUCCGAACUCAGGACAGCCACCAGCUCCCCGUAGUGGACUUGAGGGAGCCCGCUGGCAUCCACCUGGACCUACAGCAGCGCCGUCUUGAGGUGGGACCAGUCUGCUUUGUGUGAGGCCACCACCACCCCCACCUCGCUCGCUGCGGUCCCGUUCGGUGGAGAGACGCUCUUUGAGUCAUUUUCUGGAACGCACCCACAGGAUGGUCACCAGCAGAGCCCCAUGGAGACAGCUGCGGACCGUAGUGAUGUGAAAGAAUAGUGUCACUAGAGGGUUCAAGGCCCACUCUUAAAGGGGCAGCACAAAAAUAUAUACCAGUAUGCAUCAAAGUGUGUCAGUCUGAAAAGCGAAUGUUUUAUUUUGCAGUGUUCUCAGCGAAAUGCUCCCAGAACUCAGGGAGAAGCGAGUCUUCUCCUACCCAGCAGACUAUUGCGGUCAGCCGGACAUUGUAGGCU